AUGGCCAUCUCAAGCACUCAUCACGCUCUACUCCUCUCUUCACCAGGAAUGGGUCACAUAAUCCCUGCCCUGGAACUUGCCAAGCGUUUAGUCACUCACCAAAUCAUUCCCAAACUCACCUUCUUCUACACUUCAAUAAAAAACUCCACUCCCUCCAAAGCUGAAACCCUCGUUUUCCAAUCAGCCAUCAAGGAAAACCUCUUUGACCUAAUCCAUCUCCCCCUCUUGACCUCAGCAACAAAGACACAUAGGUUAUACCGUGAAUUUGUUGGCGUAUGUGAAGGGGCAGCACUGGCUAAUGGGAUCAUUGUGAACACCUUUCAUGAGUUGGAACCUAAGACCCUCGAAGCACUUGGUAGUGGUCAAAUUACCAAGGUGCCCGUGUACCCAGUUGGGCCAAUACAAGAAGAAGAGUCGGUGGUAUAUGUAUCACUUGGGAGUGGAUACAGUAUGCCGUGUGAAGAAAUCAAAGAGAUGGCUUUGGGGUUGGAACUAAGUGGAAACAAAUUUGUUUGGUCUGUGCGUCCAACUGUCACCAAAGCCGGCCAUGAUCAUUAUUUCACGGCAGGUGAGUGGUACAAAGUCACCAAACUUUUAAUAUUUUCAAACAUGUUUGGUAGUUGGCUUUCCAUAAAUAUGUAG